AUGGCUCAAACAGGUGCAGAUGAUGAUGAAAAGGCACAGUCUUUACAAGCUGAGUUUGCUUCUGGAAAUGGUGUUGGCCAUGACAAGGAGGAGCUUCGGUCGCAGUGGGCUACAGUCGAAAGAUUACCAACGUAUAAGAGGAUUACUACUGCUCUGUUUCAAAGAAGAGAUGAAGCUUCGGAUAAAGGGAGAGUCAUUGAUGUUACUAAACUCGAGGCUGCUGAGAGACAUUUGUUGAUUGAAAAGCUUGUCAAGCAAAUCCAGGAUGAUAACCUUCAUUUACUCAGAAAGAUAAGGAAGAGAAUUGAUGAGGUUGGUAUAGAGUUACCAACGGUGGAAGUGAGGUUCAGUGACCUCUCUGUUGAAGCAGAAUGUGAAGUAGUUCAUGGAAAGCCUAUCCCAACUCUUUGGAAUACUGUCAAAGGCAUACUAUCUGAGUUCAUCUGUUCAAAGAAAGAAACCAAGAUAAGCAUCUUGAAAGGCGUGAGCGGUAUCGUAAGGCCUGGAAGAAUGACAUUGUUGCUCGGUCCUCCUGGUUGUGGCAAAACCACUCUGUUACAGGCACUUUCUGGACGACUUUCCCCUUCUGUAAAGGUUGGAGGAGAAGUAAGUUACAAUGGUUGCUUACUUUCAGAGUUUAUUCCAGUGAAAACGUCGAGUUAUAUAAGUCAAAACGAUCUGCAUAUUCCAGAGAUGAGUGUGAGAGAGACACUCGACUUCUCUGCGUGUUGCCAGGGUAUCGGAAGCCGUAUGGAAAUUAUGAAGGAGAUCAGUAGAAGGGAGAAAGUCCGAGGAAUUGUUCCAGAUCCUGAUAUAGAUGCUUACAUGAAGGCAAUAUCUGUUAUAGGUUUGAAAAACAACAUGCAAACUGACUAUAUCUUAAAGAUCCUGGGACUCGAUAUCUGUGCAGAUACACGAGUUGGAGAUGCCUCGAGGCCUGGAAUAUCUGGUGGCCAAAAGAGGAGGUUGACAACAGGAGAACUUGUUGUGGGUCCAGCUACGACUCUGUUCAUGGAUGAAAUAUCGAAUGGUUUGGACAGCUCAACUACGUUCCAGAUUGUGGCAUGUCUCCAGCAGUUGGCGCAUAUAGCUGGAGCCACCAUAUUGGUUUCACUUCUUCAGCCUGCACCAGAAACGUUUGAGCUUUUCGACGAUGUGAUUCUCAUGGGCGAAGGAAAGAUAAUCUACCAUGCUCCACGAACUGAUAUCUGCAGAUUCUUCGAAGAUUGUGGAUUUAAGUGUCCAGAGAGGAAAGGCGUUGCUGACUUCCUCCAAGAGGUUAUGUCUAAAAAAGAUCAAGAACAAUAUUGGUGCCACAGAGACAAGCCCUACAGUUAUAUAUCUGUUGAUUCAUUCAUCGAGAAGUUUCAAGAAUCAAAUCUUGGGGUUCUGGUAAAGGAAGAACUCUCUAAGCCGUUUCAUAAAACUCAGUCUCGCAAGGAUGGUUUAUGUUUUAGAAAAUACUCAUUGAGUAAAUGGGAGAUGCUUAAAGCUUGCUCGAGGAGAGAAUAUCUUUUGAUGAGACGCAACUCUUUCAUUUACUUGUUCAAAUCUGGACUGUUAGUUUUCAAUGCGUUAGUAACAAUGACCGUUUUUCUACAAGCUGGAGCUACGACGGAUGCUCGUCAUGGGAACUAUCUUAUGGGUUCUCUCUUCACUGCUCUGUUUAGACUUCUUGCUGAUGGGCUUCCAGAGCUCACUUUAACUCUCUCUAGAAUGGGAGUGUUUUGCAAACAAAAAGAUUUAUACUUCUAUCCUGCUUGGGCAUAUGCAAUCCCUUCAAUUGUCUUAAAGAUACCUCUUUCCUGUUUUGACUCGUUCCUUUGGACAUCACUGACAUAUUACGCCAUUGGUUACAGCCCCGAGGUCGGAAGGUUCUUUCGACAUUUCCUUAUCUUAUUUACAUUCAACAUUUCGUGUGUAUCACUGUUUCGCGCCAUAGCAGCGAUCUUUCGCACGUUUGUUGCUUCCUCAAUCAUCGGAGCUAUCUCAGUAUUGGUUCUCUCAUCGUUUGGAGGCUUCGUUAUUCCAAAAUCGUCCAUGCCUGCUUGGCUGGAAUGGGGAUUUUGGAUAUCUCCAUUGUCAUAUGCGGAGAUUGGUCUAACUGCAAAUGAAUUUUUCGCUCCACGGUGGAGAAAGUCUAUCUCUGGCAACACCACGGUCGGGGAACAAGUGUUAGAUGUACGUGGACUGAAUUUCGGAAAGCACACUUAUUGGAUAGCUUUGGGGGCUUUAAUCGGGUUUAUAUUCUUCUUCAAUGUCCUCUAUGCAUUGGCUUUGACAUACCGGAAUAAUCCACAAAGAUCCCGUACUAUUGUCUCUCAUGGGAAGAAUAUUCAGCCCUCAGAAGAAGAUUUUAAGCCCUGUCCGGAAAGUACGUCCCGAGUUAAAACAGGAAAAAUCAUCUUGCCUUUCAAGCCCCUUAAUGUCACAUUUCAAAACGUGCAGUAUCAUAUUGAGACUCCUCAGGGAAAGAAGCGGCAGCUUCUCUCUGAUGUGACAGGCGCACUGAAGCCCGGAAUUCUAACAUCUCUGAUGGGUGUCAGUGGAGCUGGUAAAACGACUCUUCUUGACGUCCUUUCUGGAAGGAAAACACGUGGUGACAUCAAAGGAGAGAUCCGAGUUGGAGGGUAUCCUAAGGUUCAAGAAACAUUUGCACGAGUAUCAGGUUACUGUGAACAGUUUGAUAUUCAUUCUCCUAAUAUAACAGUGGAAGAGUCUUUGAAAUACUCUGCUUGGCUUCGACUUCCCUAUAACAUCGAUUCAAAGAUCAAGAAUGAACUCGUCGAUGAAGUUCUUGAGACAGUUGAGCUUGAGGAUAUUAAAUAUUCCAUGGUGGGACUUCCAGGAGUUAGUGGUUUAUCCACAGAACAACGCAAAAGGCUGACUAUAGCUGUGGAGCUUGUUGCUAACCCUUCCAUCAUAUUUAUGGAUGAACCUACCACAGGGCUAGACGCAAGAGCCGCCGCCAUUGUUAUGAGGGCUGUGAAAAAUGUUGCUGAGACUGGGAGAACGGUUGUUUGCACGAUCCACCAGCCGAGCAUAGAUAUCUUCGAGACAUUUGACGAGCUGAUCCUAAUGAAAAACGGGGGACAGCUUGUCUACUAUGGUCCUCUUGGAAAACAUUCAAGUAAAGUUAUAGACUACUUUGAGAGAAUCCCUGGAGUUCCAAAGAUCCAAAAGAACUGUAAUCCAGCCACCUGGAUGUUAGAUAUUACUUGUAAAUAUACAGAGGAAAAAAUUGGAAUGGAUUUUGCACAAGCAUACAAGGAUUCAACUCUGUACAAGGAGAACAAACUGGUGGUUGAGCAAUUGAGUUCUGCGUCUAUGGGAUCAGAAGAUUUGAGCUUUCCUUCGCGUUUUUCCCAAACAGGUUGGGGGCAACUAAAGGCUUGUCUUUGGAAACAACAUUGCUCGUAUUGGAGAAACCCUUCUCACAAUCUCACUCGCGUAGUAUUCAUGUUCCUCAACUCUACUCUAUGUGGCCUUCUAUUCUGGCAAAAAGCCAAGGACAUAAAUAAUCAGCAAGAUCUUUUCAGCAUAUUUGGCUCAAUGUACACUCUAGUAAUCUUCUCGGGAAUAAACAACUGCGCAACAGUGAUGAACUUCAUUGCAACCGAACGCAAUGUUUUCUACCGUGAAAGGUUUGCUCGGAUGUAUUCCUCAUGGGCAUACUCAUUUUCUCAGGUCCUUGUUGAGAUUCCAUACUCAUUACUCCAGUCCCUUCUAUGUACUAUAAUCGUAUAUCCAAUGAUUGGUUACCAUAUGUCAGUCUACAAAAUGUUUUGGAGCUGGUACAGCACUUUUUGCUCGUUGCUUAUCUUCAAUUACUGUGGGAUGCUUAUGGUCGCUUUGACACCUAACAUCCACAUGGCAUUGACUCUUCGGACGACUUUUUUCUCCAUGGUAAAUCUGUUUGCUGGCUUUACCAUUCCGAAACAGAAAAUCCCAAAAUGGUGGAUAUGGAUGUACUACUUGAGCCCGACAUCAUGGGUGUUGGAAGGCUUACUGAAUUCGCAGUAUGGAGAUGUUGACAAAGAGAUAAUAGCAUUUGGUGAGACGAAGAGAGUUUCAGCUUUCUUGGAGGAUUACUUUGGUUACAAACAUGACUCAUUGGCUCUUGUAGCGUUUGUCCUCAUCGCUUUCCCCAUUGUCGUGGCUUCUCUUUUUGCCUUCUUCAUGAGCAAACUCAAUUUCCAAAAGAAAUAGUUUCAGUUUCUGUAAUUAUAGAAUUUCACUAUGCUUGCACAGCCCUGGUCCUAAAAAGUCUUGGCAUGCAUUAACAUGUUUUUUUAUCUCAAGCUGUCUUGUGUAGUAACUAGUAAGUACCCUUUGGUGAAGAGCAAUUAUUUUAUCUUAAUCUUUAUCCUU